AUGGUGGACGAUCGGACGUAUCUGUCAUCACAAGAAGAUUCCUCUGAAUCUAAGCUCAAAAAUGGCAAAAGCACUUUGGAUGAUGAUGCUGCUGAUGACGAGGAGCUCAGACAAAGCAAAUCUCUCAAACUCACGAGAUUGUCAAUUCAAGAAAACGAUUCAGACCAACAACAAGAAAACGGCGAUGGUUAUUCACUAAUCAACGCCAUCGGCAGGGACCUCUCAAUAAGCUGUCUGCUCCGUUUCUCUCUGUCCGAUUACCGUUUAGUCGCUUCCCUAAACAAGAGUUUCCGGUCUCUGGUUAAGUCCGGAGACAUUUACGGACUCAGGAGACAGAACAUGAUCGUUGAGCAUUGGUUUUACUUCUCUUACCAGCUCUUGAAAUGGGUUGCUUUCGACCCUGUCGAAGUAAGAUGGAUGAACUUUCCGAACAUUCCUUCAGAUGAUCGUACCUUCAAGAGUGCGGACAAAGAAUCUCUCGCUGUCGGAACAGAUUUGCUUGUCUUAGGCAAAGGAGCGCCGCCUCUUGUUGCUGUUGUGAACAAUGAGCUGUAUGCUGCGGAUCAUGCUGGUAUGGUGGUGAGAAAGUAUGAUAAAGAGAGUAAGAAAUGGUUUACGUUAGGGAGGUUGCCUGAGAGAGCUGAUUCGGUUAAUGGUUGGGGUUUAGCGUUUAGAGCUUGCGGCGAGAGGUUGAUUGUGAUUGGUGGACCUAAUAAUUCAGGUGGAGGUUUUAUUGAGUUGAAUUCUUGGAUACCAAGUAAUGAUAGAAGCCCUCCUGUGUGGACACUACUGGGUAGGAAACAUUCAGCAAAUUUUGUUUUCAAUUGUGCGGUGAUGGGUUGCUGA